AUGUCCGCCUUUNACGAGCAGAACCAAGCCGCUGCUGCCACCGGUGCAUGGCCCGCACCUGGCCGCCAGCCUUCGUGGGAACAGCCUGCCCCUCCCUCGAGAUCCGAGCAGCAGCUGACAGAAUAUUGUANNGAGAUUGAGCGUGCCACCGACAACCUCGUCAAGAGUGGCAAGUGGAUGGCUGGCGGAGCACCGCAGUACAACAGCCGCCGUGAGUCUAUGCCUCCCAUGAUGAUGGGCCGUGGAUUCAACGCCGACUAUGGUGACUNNGGUUCCAAGUCCAACUCUCCCGCCGACGGUCGCGUGGGCGGUCCUGGACAGGCACGCCACCACUCGGUCAGUGAAUACGACGGUAUGCGAUCCAAUUCGGCAGCAGGCCUCCAGGGCUACUAUGCGUCGCAGCGCUUCGCACCGCGUCAAAAUGAGGCAGAGCAGAUGAUGCAGGCCAAGCGAAGGAUGGCCGCGCAAAGAGAGGAACUCCGCAACUAUCACCAGGAGCAGCAAUACAACAGGAACACUUCCGCCCAAGGCCCCAAGCCCGACCGCGCUCUGAGCCCUGCAGCUGCUACAACCAUGAGUGAAGACGAACGCCGCGACCUCAUUGCCCGCCAGCACCGUGCUCUCUACGGCAACGAAUCCGCCCUGUACCCCACCUCUGAGGCUGCUGCUGUUGCCGCCCGCCGUGCCUCGCAGGACGUCAGAGGCUCCAUCUCGGGUGAUGUUAGAGCAUCCAUCUCUGGAGCCUCCAGAGGUGGUGCAUCGCCUCUGGCCUUCGACCCUUUCCACGGCGAGCCUGCUGUCCAGAUGCCUCCACGUGAUGGUGUCAUGCUUCCCAAGUCGCCCAACAGCGCUUCGUCUCCGCAGUCGAACCCUACCACUUUUGGCAGUCUACUGGGCGAAACUCAGCAGUCGAGCCGCACUUCAGUGUCUUCACCCAGUGGUUCCCCUCCCCUUGGUCAGGGCUCAAAGGGUGCUGCAGCUGCUCCGAUCGGCACCCGCCCAGCACCCAAUGCUGCGCAAGCUACCGGUCUGAACAAGCGCUCGACCACCNCCCUUCCCUCGCCCCUCAGCUUCGGCUUCAGUGCCAACGAGCAAGCCAGAAACGAGCGUUCUACCUCUGCUGGCCCCAAUGGCUCUGUAGCUGACAAGGGAGUCAGCCUCGGUUCUUGGGGUUCCAACAGCGGAGUCUGGGGCUCUGCUAAGAACAGUCUUGGUGUCCAGGCUCCUGUCUGGGGCUAGGCCAUGACUAUGUCUCUACGCAUUACUAAUCCUCUCAAU